CAGUUCCGGUGGUUGGCGGCGACGCCGGUGUUGGGGCAGCGGCAGCGCGGCCCCCGCGGCAUCCCCCGGACCGGAGCGGACCGGACGCUCCCCGCCCGCCGCCGCCGCCAUGGCCUCGCUGCUCAAGGUGGACCCGGAGGUGAAGCUCAAGGUGGAUUCCUUCAGGGAGCGGAUCACAAGCGAGGCUGAAGACCUGGUGGCAAACUUUUUCCCAAAGAAGCUGUUAGAACUCGAUGGGUUCCUCAAGGAUCCUAUCUUGAAUAUUCAUGAUCUCACUCAGAUCCAUUCGGACAUGAACCUCCCAGUGCCUGACCCAAUUCUUCUCACAAACAGCCACGAUGGACUGGAUGGGCCAAAUAUGAAAAAGAGGAAGCUGGAGGACCGCGAGGAGACCUUUCAGGGUACCAAAGUGUUUGUGAUGCCCAAUGGGAUGCUGAAGAGCAACCAGCAGCUGGUGGACAUCAUUGAGAAAGUGAAACCAGAAAUCAGGCUGCUUAUUGAGAAGUGUAAUACGGUCAAAAUGUGGGUGCAGCUUCUCAUUCCCAGGAUAGAAGAUGGAAACAACUUUGGUGUUUCUAUUCAGGAGGAAACAGUCGCUGAGCUUCGAACUGUGGAGAGUGAGGCAGCGUCCUACCUGGACCAGAUUUCUAGAUAUUAUAUCACAAGAGCAAAAUUGGUUUCCAAAAUAGCUAAGUACCCUCAUGUGGAGGACUAUCGCCGCACCGUGACCGAGAUCGACGAGAAGGAGUACAUUAGUCUGCGCCUGAUCAUUUCAGAGCUGAGGAAUCAAUAUGUCACUUUGCAUGACAUGAUCCUUAAAAACAUUGAGAAGAUCAAGAGGCCUCGGAGCAGCAAUGCUGAGACCCUCUAUUAAGUGUCAACGUUUGAACUUGAGAACUGUUCAGUCAGCUAAAGACCGUCAUUGCCUUGGUUUGUUACGUGACUAUCGAGAUGGGAAACUGGCUGGAAAUAGUAUCGCAUUCUUAGUUAAACUCUAAAGAAACUUGCCUAGUUUUGUGAUUGGUUUUGUUCAGGUCUCAGGAGCUCUCCCUCCCUCUAGUAACUGGUACCGAGAAGGCCGUGCUGCUUUGGGGUGCCCUAGAGGCUGCUUUGGAGUGAGAGCACCAGCCAGGCAGGAACAUUCCUUCAUGCCUUUCUUCCUACCUGAGUAGGAGCGACACUAGAGACCAAGCCCCUGUCCUGCCCCAUCUCUUAGCUGGGGUCUCUGGGAGUGGGGCAGACAGAGCAUGCUGGGGUGGUGGUGCUGUGGGGGAGAAGCUGGCUCUUUGCUGCUGGGCCCCUCUGCUGCUGGUGCUCUGCAAGGACAGGGGAGCCUGCCCCUCCUGGUCCCGGUGCUGCUGCCUGCUCUGCCCUCCUGGCUCUCUCCUGACAGCAGAACCUGCCCCUUGUCCCUCUGCCUUGUCAGUUCUGGCUAGAUCAGUGCAGAGCAGCACAAGGUGGUGCUUGAAACUCAGCUGGUCACUGUCCCAGCUGGUCAGGAGCUCAGGUGGCUUCUGCCCCUGGUUGUGAUUGGACUUAGAGCCCCUUUCUUGGCUAAACCCAACGUUAUUCACACACAUCCUGCUGCCCCUUCAGCAUGAGAGGAGGGGGGGCCCGGGGUCCGAUACUAACUCCUGGUAGUCUCCACACGUGCUCAGGCUGAGCCCCGCUGUCCCCUGGCAGUGCUCCCGUGCAGCUGGUGCUUGGGGUGAGGAUGGCUGGUGCCCACCUACCUGGUCCCAUGGCAGACCCCGUAGGCCUUCCCCUGCAGAGGGCAUGCUCGUGUGCCUGGGGGCUCCGCCGGGACGUUUCAUGGUCCAUUACAAACCCCUUUGGGAAUGACUGGUUGUGUUGCAUCAGUUUCUGUGUGUGGCAAAUGGGCCCAGAACGCUGCAAGCUCCAAAAUUUUUCUUAUUUAUAGUAUUUCUACUUGAGUCCCCUCUUCAGGGAACGUGAAGUCAUUUGUUUCAGGAACCUCACUGUUGCCCAGGUCUCGCUGUUACACCUGUAUAUUCUCAUUGUGCAGUAGCCUUAAUAGUUGUGUUCCCCCCAUUGUAACAACAGUGACAAAUGGAAUGAAUUCUCUCCCUUCCCUUUGUUUUUUACUUAGUUUCUUUGUUUCUUCUGCUUCCACCUCUAAGAGCCAUGGUGUCUCUUGCUGGUUUCCCAGGGAUUUGCCCCGAGUGUGGAGGGCUGCUGGCCCUUGCUAUAGACUCUUCUGUUGUUGUUUGUAGUAAGUCAACUCUUAGUCUUCCCGCUAAUAAAUGCUCAGUAACAAACCAACUGCAUUCUGGCUGCUGUCUGGGAGCAGCACUUCCCCUUGUGUUUGUAUUGAUUCCUUUUGAGUUGUUGGGCUCUCUUUGCCAGAUGAACGUAUGUAAACUUUGACCAUGUCAAGAAAUUAAAAUGAGGUACUUGGAAUUCUUCUAA